AUGUCUUCGGAAGGUCAUCUACCAACAGUUCCUAUUCCGGAGGAUAGUCCAAUCUCGGUCAUCCCAACUUCUGAGUCAGCGGUUGCUGAGGAAAAUAGGAUUCUGCGUCUCCGCAUGAUGGAAAUGUGGGACGCCUGGGCCAAUGGAAGAGAACCACCAAGUGCGAUCCCUGGAUUCCCCGAGCUUUUUCCUAGGGAAAGCGGGAUCUCCAACAUCUCCAUAAGAACACCUUCUGAGGCUCGCCCCCAGGUGUUAGCUUCUGGCGCGGCUUCAAACAUAUUCAUUGUGCCACCUUGUUCAGCUAUGAACAACUUCCGUGCUCGGGAACCACCCAAGAUACCAAACUUCACACCCAUUGGCGAGUCUUAUUCCGGCCUUUUCCCCAAACUUGUUCAGAUGGGUUUGUUGCAGCUUGUACCCCAAACCAGGCAAAACCCAGCAUCGCCCGCUUACAGAGCUGGUACUCGAUGUGCCUACCAUUCAGAGGUAGAAGAGCAUGAUAUAGAUGACUAUUGGACCUUGAAGAGGGCUGUGGAAAAUCUGAUAGAACAAAAGAGAAUAGUGCUAAAGGACGAAAACAUUCCUAAUGUAACCAACAUUCCAUUACCGGCCCACAAUAACGGGUCGGUUAUUGGAAUGAUCUGUGAAGACAGAGAGUUUGACCCAGCUCUAAAAGCCAUCAUUGCCCUAGACGAUGUGGAAAAGAAGCCAAAAGUUUUCGCGAAACAAGACAAGGGGGAGAAGAAGAGCAAACCUACCCCCCAGAAUACAGAAAAGAAAGUGGAAGUUGAAACUGGGACAGCGCCCUCCAAAGUUGUCAUUCUCUAUGUUCCUCGAGUCCACAAGAAAGAACAGAUGUCAUUGAGUCCUCCUAGAAGGUUUAAGCUAAAAAAGAGAGCUCAAAUGUAUGUGCCCAAGGGGACUUACGUGGUGCGGGGGUCGAUAAAUCCACCAAGGCUGAAUGAGCCCGUGGUUAUUAGCCAUGCACCGCAAAGGCCCAUGACAGAUGCCACUGUCGUUCCAUGGAACUAUAACAAAGCAGUAGUAACUUACAAAGGCAAAGAGAUCUCGGGAGAAGUUAAGGAAAAUAACCCGGCUGAGAAGUACCUCAAUCUGGAGGAAGUGAAUAAUGCCACAAAAAAGCGUUUCCCACUUAAGAAGCCAGUGAGUGCUGAAGAAGCAGAAGUGUUCUUCCAGAAAAUGAAAAUGGCAGACUACGAGAUAAUCGACCAGCUUCGGAAGUCUCCUGCCCAAGUCUCCUUGUUGUCUUUGCUAAUGAACUCAACCGAACAUCAAAAAGUUCUGAUCAAAACUCUCAACGAAGCGUAUGUACCCAUUAAAACCAUUGUAGAACAGUUGGAGAGGAUGGCAGAAAGGUUUUUUAUAGUCAAUCAAAUCUCUUUCCGCAAGAAUGAUUUUCCCCCAGAAGGGGCCGCACACAACAAAGCCCUUUAUCUGACAGUUAAAUGCGAAGGGUAUUAUGUGAAAAGGAUCAUGCUAGAUGGCGAUUUUGGGGUAGAUAUUUGCCCACUCUCAACUCUGCAACAUAUGGAAAUCGGUACUGAGAGAAUCAGACCCAAAAACAUCUGUAUGCAUGCUUUUGACGGCAUAAAGAGGGAUAAAUAG